AUGCCCACACGUACCCCACCAUUGCAAGCGACCCACGUCACGCCUCAACACAUUCACAUACGUCGACGACAUGCUCCAGGCAGCGCAGGGCCAUCAACGCUCUCCCAAUCCUUCAGUCUCGGUCCCCCAGAUGGCGACAUUUCCGAUGCGAGCAUUGGCACUCCCACCCGUAGAAGAGUGACUGUCCUCACAACUUCUGAACAGGGCAACAUGGGCCUGCACGGGCAGCUCUCCCCUCGUGUGCGCUCAGCCCUCGCCCGCUCGCCUGGCGCCCCAUCACUCGCACCCGGUAGCGAACCGCGCACCCGCUCCCGAUCACGCCUCAGCGAGGUAUUUAGACCCGCCAACGGCCAUCAAGAAGAAGAAGAAGACGACGACAACAACAUGGACGACAGCGACUCGUGGACUAUGAUCGAUUCUAUGCGGAUCUGGCGCUCAGAUGCCAUGACACACCACCUGUACGAGACGGCCGCGUUCUGGGCCAACAAGAUUCUGGACUGGACAGGCGAUGCCAACGACGCGUUCUGGCUCGCCCAAGCAUACUAUCACAUGCGUCAUUUCGUGCGCGCCGAGCGCCUUCUCACAGAGGCCCUUCCCCACCCCAAGGCGUCUCUGCUUGACAAAGGCAAGCAGAAGGCCAACGAUCUCAACCGCAAUGUCGACGAAGCGGAACGCAAGGCCCCUAUUCGUGAACACCUCGCGUGUCGCCUCCUGGCUGCCCAGUGCUUAAUGGAGCAGGAAGAAUACGAGGACGCUCUCGAGAUGCUCGGUAUCCAGAGUUCCUUUGGCGAGACGGACGCCGCGUCACGCCCAUCAACAGACGAAGGCAUCAAGGUGUUCUCGAGCAUGUGUUACCUCCGCGGCCUGCUGCAUUUGCGCCUGUCAUCCCCUAUCGAGGCCAAAGAGUCGUUCAUGGAGGCCCUCACGCUCGACGUGAAGAACUACGACGCGUUCCACGAGCUCAUCAAUGGACAAAUGAUGAAGCCUGGAGAGGAAUGGGAGUUUAUCAACACGCUCGCGUACCAAUCACAGCUGAGCGAUGACGAAGCCGCGUUCGUCCGGCUCAUGUACAUCUCAAAGUUGCGCAAGGAGUCGCACAUCAAGGAGAUCUCCGCUGCUGGCCGCGAGCUUGCAACAACUUACGGACUUGCGGAGAACAGCGACGUGCUCGUUGGAAUCGCAGACGAGCUGUUCGCCAAUUACAAGUGGGAGGAGUGCUACGUCGUCACCUCCAAGAUCCUCAACAAGGUCCCUGGCCACUCGGAAGCUCUCACCCUCCAGCUUGCGUGCAUGCACCACAUCCCGCGCCUCCACUCCGCAAUCUAUGCGCUCGCCCAUACAUUGGUCAGGACCGAACCGCACGAGGCGACGACCUGGUGGGCCGUCGGCAUGUGGUACUACUCUGGACAACGUUGGGCCGACGCGCGCCGGUACUUUAGCAAGGCCAACCUCAUCGACCAGCGCUUUGGCCCAGCGUGGAUCACCUUUGCCCACUCCUACCGCCAGGAAGGCGAGCACGACCAGGCAAUCACUGCGUACUCGACGGCUGCCCGCAACUUCCCUGGAUCUCACCUCCCGUAUCUCUUCAUUGGCAUGUCGUACCUGCAGCUCUCGCUGUCUGAUCUCGCGGAGGAGUACCUUGCUACCGCAGCGAGCUAUGACUCUACCGAUCCUCUCCUGCUCAACGAGUUGGGCGUGGCAGCGUACAACCGUGAGGACUACCUCUCGGCGAUCGAGUACUUUGAGGCCGCGCUGGGAGGUGCAGCCAAGAUGCAGGGCUCGUCCGAACCAUGGGCCGCGACGCACAACAACAUGGGACACGCGCUGCGUAACCUCGGCCGCUACGACGAGGCCAAGAAGCACUAUGCGACCGCGAUCCGCCUCAACCCGACCGACGCAACGGCGUACGCGAGCCAGGGCAUGAUAUCGCAAUUCUUAGGUGACGUGCGAGGCGCCAUCAAGCUGUACCACCAGGCGCUCGCCAUCCUGCCCCAGGAGCCCGUUGCGACGAUCCUUCUCGAGAUGGCCCUCACGGAACAGGUGCGCUCUCUGGACCCCACGACGCUGCCGGGCCUGCCAGCCGCGAUAGUCGACAAGGACCUCGACCCAUUCAAUGUUCCCAAGGGCAAUCCAGUGUUCGGACCGCUGCCCAUAGAUGUCGACCCGCUCACAUUCGAGGAGGCGGGUGACGCGAGCCUGUUCUCUGUACCGGGGAGCAGUACUCGCACCGUUGUUCCUCACAUCCACGUUGAUGACAUGACAUCGAUGUCAAUGUCAAUAUCGAUGGCGGCGUCCCAUCGCCUCCGGCCCGACGCCAGCAUCAUGGACGAGUCGAGCGUGAUGGACAUCGAGGAGGACUAG